CCGCGGUUGGAGAGGCAGCACACCCAAAUGCGGUUGCCCAUUGAACCAGCCCGUGUGUUGGCAUGCGCCCUCAACCGGUUUGUGAGCGGUGAAACUUAUGAGAGGAUCGGAGACAGGUUCGGUCUUGGCCAUGCGACAACCAUCGAAUGCACACGGCGAGUGACACAGGCAAUCCUUGAUACAAUGUGGGGCCUCAUAUCUUUCCCUGAUACUGAGGGAAUGACGCGCAACAUUGCAAAAUUUGCCAGACAAGGCUUCGCAAACUGUAUCGGCGCCAUUGACUGUACUCAUUUCUUCUUGGAGAAGCGUGACAAGCAGCUGGACACCGACUACCAUGACCGCACACAUAAUUACAGUGUCGUGGCCCAAUGCGUCUCCGACAUGGACCUGCGGAUCCUCGACUUCGCCGUUGGGUGGCCUGGUGCAGUGCACGACAGCAGGGUGUUGCGUAGAUCCUCGCUCUACAGUCGCCCCACACAAGAGGGAUUCUUCGCUGACACAGCAGCAAGGUUGGAUCAUGGGGGAAGGGUGAACCAGUACCUGAUCGGUGAUGCCGGAUAUCCGAACCUUCCGUGGCUUCUGCGACCGAUUCCUGACCAACCACAAGGCGAUCGCAAAAGAUUCAACGACGCACACGAGUCGGUGAGGAAGUGCGUCGAGCGUUGUUUUGGACGGCUCAAGGGGAUGUGGCGUGUCCUGUACAAGCGUCAGAAGGGCGAUGUCAAUGGGAUAAACGCCCAGAUCCAGGCAAUCGGAGUUCUUUACAAUUUUUGCAUUGAUGGCAAUGUCUAUUUUAACGUCGAACGCUUCAUGGCCAGGCAUCGCAAUCUGGGUCUGUUCAAUCAACAUGAUGAUGAAGGUGGUGACGCCGGCAUCAAUGAGCAGAGUGGAGAUGCAGCGAGGGAYGAGGUGGUCGCCCACAUGGCAUUCAGAGCAUUCAGAGCWCCACGRCGUGGAUGAGCUUGGCAUCAACCCUUCAUCAGAUGUUGAUCGUUUCGAUGGCUUUGUAGUGGGUGUACGCACUAGKUUCCAGUGCAUUGUGCCGUCUUUGCUUCUCCGACGAAMACAAUGCUCAAGAGCGAUAAAUUACUUAACUUCAU